CACGAGUCACCAAUACCCGGCGCAGACUCGCGAGGGGAGAAUGGCUACAACUUGGCGACGUGUCCGCGAGUGAUGGGCAACAGCGGGUGCCAGUCAUGCGGAGUAGCAGAUUGUGACAAGACACCCAGCAAGUCCGGCGCGCCUUGCCGACCUGCUCCGACACAGAGCUUCCAGGGCCUUUCUCCGCAGCACCUGACUGGCUGGGAUUUCAAUGCGCUGAACUUUGAGGCGUCGGCCUUGCAGUCCAUCGCGCAUCAGCUUCUGGCCCCUAGCUACAGCCAGAGUGGCGGGCAAAAGGCGGAGGUCUUGCGGAGCUUUGUGAAGAGCCUGUCGGCCACCUAUCGGCCGGUGGCCUUCCACAACUUCGCGCACGCGGUAGAUGUGCUGCAGUGCCUUUGUUGGCAGUGCGAGCACUUGCCGACGAUGCUAAGCCCCUCCCAGCGCUUGGCCCUGGGCACUGCGGCGCUGGGGGUGGACGUCGGCCAUCCUGGCUUUGAUAAUGCCUUCCUCAUUGAUGUUGGGGACCAGAUUGCAUCUUGUUAUAAUGACUUUUCGCCGCUGGAGAAUAUGCACUGCAGCAAGCUCUUCGAUGUCCUGAAGAAGGAUGGGCACAAUGUGCUGGGACAUAUGCCAGCAGAGGAGUUCCGCGAAGCGCGGCGCCUCGUCAUCGACGCCAUCCUUCAUACUGACAAGUAUUGCCACAAAGAUGUGCUCAACGACGUGCGGGCACUUGCCCGCCAAGGCUACACACCAAAGAGUGUCGAUUUUACUACUGAGGAAGGUGCAGAAAUCCUCCAGGCGCUAUCCCGUGCACUUCUUGUUCUUGCCGAUCUGUCACACCAAGCAAGGCCGUUGGACACCGCCAACGCCUGGGCGGCCGUGCUCCAGACGGAGCUCAGCAGCCAAGAUGAGCGGGAACGAGAGAUGGGGCUGCAGGUUCUGCCAUUAAAUCGGUGGAAGCCCUCGCGUAGCGACUUGCAGCUCCACCUGGCCAUGAGCAGAUCAGGGCCCCUACUGGGUGCGCUGCUUCACAUCUUCCCUGCCCUGGAACCGGCCUCCACCCGUCUGGCGGAGAAUGCCAAGAGCUGGGCCGAGGAUAUUGCUGCACAAGAUGAGGUGGAGGGGCAGCCUCAGGUGGAUGCGCGGCCCAAAAAGAUAGAGACCAUGCUGGACCCUACGCGACCGCCAGCGGCCCCCGUCCUGGAGACCAGCAAAGGUCACGACCGCUUCGGCUACCUCGGGGCAGCGAGACCCUACUCUGGCAGGCAAGAGCGGCUGACGACCUCAACUCUUGCCAGCACGUUGAGUACGAAUAGCCCUCCAGGGUCUAACAUGGGCUCCGAGCCGCCGGCGAACGCCAAGUCGCCUCCGUUGAUACGAGAGGUGCGGCGUUGGAAGGAGAGCCGCACCAACGGCAGCAAGGAGUUCUCCCAGUCGAUCAGAGGACGAGAACUUGUGCUUCUAUACGUUCUCUCCGACCCAGCUGCUGGUGCGCCGGUGACGUAUCGCUUCGUGGAUCGGAACAGCGCCAACCUCGAGGAGUUGGCCGCGGCGGAUGAGGCGGUGGCCAAGGGCUCCCGCGCGGCCUCGGAGGAUGUGGUUGUGGACCGACGAAGGCGCUGCAGUCGUUACGACGGAGGAUCGACGCCAGUGUUGCAAAGUCAGAAAUCCGCCGAUGCCGUGAGCACUAUGGUAGAGUCCAACCGCUUCGACGACAUCAUGUCGGCCCUGCUGCACGGGAACGUGGUGAUGCCGAGCCCUGAGCAGAACUCCAACAGCAGUCCCUCGAUUCAUCACCGUGCCUCCCGCACUUCUGCGGUGGUAUCGGAAAUCUCGGCAGUCACGCGCGAUCGCGCCGCUAUGGCUGCCUCGGUGUUCAGUGUGUUGCUGAAGGGAGAUGCUAGGUGAGGCUCUGCCCCCACGCGACUCGUAGGCGUAGGCGGUGUGCCUUUACGGUUGGCGCUCGACGGAGGCGAACCCUGGCACAAAGAUGCGC